AUGUUCCCUGCUCAGCUUCUUCCUGAUCAGAAUCUCGACCCAAACUCUCCCGAGCUCUUCAAGGAGAACAUCAAAUUUGUUCAAACACAUCUAAGACAUGUGCAGUCUUUGGCGCGUGAUGUGCUUGAUGGCAUAGAAAGAGCUUAUGAAGGUCAAACGAACCCGACGCAGACCGCAGCUAGCAUUGCCGCUCUAAAGCAAAGCCUGCAUAACUUGUCUGACGUUCUCAGAACUACCGGUGUCGGUGCCUUACCUCUGAUAUCAAUCAACAUCGUACAUCCCUCUCAGGAAGAACAGCUUGUCGAGCAGACGACAAAUGCUAUCAAGGGAUUAUUUAAUCGUAACACCAGGAAUCAGGAAAGCGCAGCCGUCGUUGCCAGCCUCUUAGUCACGCCAGAGAGCAGUCUCAGACGAUAA